AUGGCGGGAGCGCUGGCCGAGGACGGGCUGCUGCAUGGGCUCCGUGAAGCCAUCUCGCGGGGAUACGCGCUCGUCGACCGACUCGCUCUCGUGCAUGUGCAUCGACCGCGCGUCUUCCACCCGUCGGUCGCCUUCACGCAGAGCGAGGCCUUCGUGCUCGUCAUGGAGCUCCACCCGACGCUGCCGACGAGCAUCGAGUGGCCCCUCGUCUCGAGCAUGACGGAAGAGAUUCAUGGAGGAAGUGCGAAGCUGCCCAAUGCACUCAGCGAUGUCCUUCCAUGCGACGUGGUCGUGAACAGCGAUCUUCUCGCCGUGCUUCCAGAGACCAAAGCGCGCGAUGUCUUGGCGGCGUUCGUGCGGGCCAUCACGAAGGACGAAGCCAUGAACAUCGAGAUUCUGGUCGGCCAUCAAGGAGGGUACCUUGGGCAGAAGUUUGAUGAGCGCUCGUACCGGGUAACCAACGUCGUGCAGUCAACCAGGCAGCCCGACGCCCUCCGAUCGCUUGACGCAGCCUUGGAGUCGACCAUGGCAUGUAUCGCGGCCGAGGCGCCGAGCAGCAACAAGGUCACGCGCGUCCAAGUGAUGGCCGGCUACAUGCUCUUCAACAUUCCGUGGACCUUGCAGCCGACGGUCAAGGUGUACUCGACGUGGGAAGGCAUUGAGAACGUCUCGGCACUUGGCUGCAAACCGCCUCCGCUCAGCGCAUCCGUCAUUUGCAUUGGCAACUUGGAGACGCUCACCGAUGCGACGCUCAAAGAUUGCUUCAAUGACCCGUUCCCCGUGCACUUUAAGCGCCACCUCUUGUUCCUCGAAUGGAUCGAGCGGAGCAUUGAAGCGAACGGUGCGGCCUUGACGUUGCCAUGGCCGACAACCGGGACCGCCAUGGACAUCAAGCAGCUCAUUUUGGAGCCCGACAGCAUUUUGCUCUCGACGCUCGAUGCGGUCGAUGAUCCGUCCCACGCAUCGACACUGCUGCGCCCCGACAUGGAUUUGCUCGAGAAAGCGUGGCACGGCCUUGCGUACACUGCGGCAUCGACGGCAUCGGUCGUCGAGGUCGUUCAUGAGCUUCAGUCGUGCUUCGAACAAGGCUCUGUCUUGCCUUUGAUCCACAGCCACAAUUCUAGCGAGCUCGCCGUGUUUUUGCGGCAGCUCGUGCAGCAGGCACAGCAACAGCGUUACGUUCAAGACGCAUCCGAGAGUUUUCCCGUUGCGCCGCUGACGCUCCUCCAAGACGAUGCUUCUUCCUUGCGGUACAUGCGUCAGGUUGGCAUCUACAAACUGCAACGCGAUCUUACACACUGGCUGGGUCUGCAAGGCAUCGUACUCGCCGAUCUCGCAUCGUUUGUCACUUCAUGUGCACACUUCAAGAAGGUCCAAUGGCUUGUCGACGUCUGCGCGGUCGGCAAGCUCUUGGGCUUGAACGUUGCCAUGAUCCGACAGUUGGCGCAAGACGCGCUUGCCCACGCCCAGGCCGGAACUGAUCGGGUUCCGACGUUCUACGUGGUCUACGACGCCUUUCUGCCCGACCGUUUGCGCUCGUUGCUCUCGGAGCCCUUUCUUUGGAGCCUCGAGAUGCAACUCGAAGACGGGUUCUCUCGGACUCUGCGCAUGGACGACUUGCCGCGCCGUGGGGCAGAGGAUGGUGCGCCGUUCCGCAUCUCUCCGACGGCCGCAGCCCGUCUCGCAGACGCGAUGCUUCCUCGUGGCACGGAAGCCAGAGACAUUCUUGCCCGCGGCGUUGCUGCGUUCGAGUCGACGUUGGCGCCAACCGCUCAGUUUUACGACUGUCAGCGCCGCUCCGUGCAGUACCCACUCUAAGUCUACAAGUCUCCAAUCCGCGCUAGAGAAUCUGAGUGUGACGUUCGAGUG